UACAUUAUCUAACCAUACAGAUAGUUUCACCAAAUUCACUAGGUAACGUUUCUGUUUUGUAAAAUUACCGUGUAGCCAAUAACACAUCGCAAAAAUGUAGCUCURAAGCAGGCUAUCUCCAAUAGACAAUUAGUAGCAUUGUCAUAUUUCCAACAGCCACUGAACAUAUCACGGCAUCAGCCGCCUGUUGCUCCAUCUAGUAAAACUCCGCAGCUCAUUUGCGGACUCAGAGCCCGCUGCGUUCAGAGGCUGCCUGACGGAAACAACCGCGUUGCUCUUGUUGAGCAACUUGACCUUAUUGGCCGACGCUGGGACUUUGAAACAAUGCAGUUAUCUGGACCACAGGCGAUAGUCUGAGAUGGAGACGACCUUCACAGAAGAUGACUGCGUGGAUUCAGGAGCAGAGACRGGGGGAUCUGAUUACAGUCCUCUGUCCUCGACGAGCAGUGAGCUAUCCAUGGGUGAGCUCCAAGACCCAUUCCUCGUCAGCGUCCACCUCAUCUCCGACCCCGGYCAGGGCAAGUUCCUGCAGCGCGCSGCCGACGCCGUGCUGGCCUGGGUUCACCCCGAGCUGCAGCUCUUCAGAGUCUCYGAGCGGGCGUCCACCUCCCAGCGGCCGUGGCCGAAGCGGCACCAAAACGGCGGCCCGUCCGCCGGAUCUCAGCCGGCCGUGGCGGUCAUCCUCUUCCUGCAGGAGGCGUACGGCGGCGAGGAGCAGAUCCUGACACUGCACCGCACCCUGCAGAGGCCGCCGUGGCGGUACCACCACACGGAAAAAGUCAGCAACGGCCGCAGCAUGCUGCCCCUCACGCCGUGCAGUCAGGACUUUUUCGUCUUGUCCCCCGGCACGCCGCUCUGGGCCGUCCGGCAGGUCCACUACGGCAAGGAAAUUGUGCGGUUCACAGUUUACUGUCGCCACGAGAAUUACGUCGACAUGGUCCGGCUCUACAAGCUGCUGCUCCAGCGACGUGUGGCGCAGAAGAAGGAGGACUUUUGCUUCUUUGUGGUGUACUGCAACCCCGACAUGGAGAUCCAGCUGUCGUUUAAGAGGCUCCCACGGGGGCAGAGCCCCGCUGUGCUGGACUCGGCCGUGAUGGAGGUGAGGGUGCGAGACGUUGGAGUGCUGGUCCCGCUGCUACCUCACCCCUGCAGCCCGAUCAGCGACGUCCGCUGGCAGACGGAGGACUAUGACGGGAAUAAAAUCCUGCUGCAGGUCCAGGGCGCGUGCUUGAGAAGCAGACAAAACCCUUGCUGCAUGGCACCGGCUGUUGGCGAAUCCGCAUCGGCUCCGUCCAGCUUUACCCGCGCCGUCUCCGCCUACAAAAACCGCCGUCACCAACAGAGGGUGACCUCCCGUCCCAGAGGCCACCAGAGCUCUCACAGCUCCCUCCCACUGGCCUGCGAGGAGCAGGACGAGCAGGAGGAGUGGUCCGACCAGCAACUUCCUGACCGCCGGASCGCCCAUUGGAGGGGUCAUCAGUCGGGUUCGCAUUUCUCUCUACCCAGCCUGGGCUCCGCCGGCUCCUACUCCGCCCGGAACCCUCCUGCUCCGGUCUCCAACCUCUACAACCGGGUCUGCUCCCUCCAGAGGAGACCCUCGCUCGUCCCGCCUUUCCGUCUGAACGUGGACUCUCUGAUCGGGGCGGAGGAGACGGACGUGGACACGGGGCACAAGGUGAAUCCUGGCAGCAGCGCUGACCUGUCCGUGGUGUCCGCUUACAUCAAGUCCAGCCUGCCUCUGACGCCCCGGCCGCUGUCGGCGCCUCCAGAAGACGUCAGAGCCGCCUUCUCUCCUGACAUUCCUGACGGCAACUACAAGUCGGCCACUCUGGGCCGAACGCCAAACAGCUUCUCCAUCGACUGCAGUCCCUCCGCUUUGCUGGGGGCGCAUCUCCAAAGCAACAGUUUGAGCACGAGUGCCGCUCCGUCUUCGAGUGACGUUUCCAUCAACCUGUCAGACAGCUGCAGCAUCGUUAGCGCUCCGAUUGAAGAGGCAGACAGGGUAGAAGAAGAGCAGGAGUUCUACAUUUGAAAGGACUGAAUGUGGCCAGUGACCACAGGUUUUAGUUCUGAACACAGCUCCACUAUGCCACCUAGUGUCUGAUAGUAAAAUUACAGCAGAAGAGAGGAACCUGAAGCACAAACCUGUUUUAUUGAAUGUAGAUAGUAGCACUGUAAAUCUCAGUCACAUAUUAUUCUCAGUUAGUGGAUCAAAUAACUGUGCAGAAGCUUUAUUCAUUAAAAUAUAAUUCCUUCCCUUUGCAGGGUGUAAAAUAUUAUUUUUAUAGCACAGUUGGUUUUAUCUACAGUGCUUUGCAAAAGUAUUGAUACUUCUUAAAGUGGAAGGAAAAGGAUAUGAAGUUUAAAUUUUACUUCAGUUAUGGCGGCAAGGGAGAGAGUGUCCAGUUUUAUACUUCCAGAAAGUCAAACUUUAGAUUCAAAGUAGCUGAGGCUCAGUCAGAAAACACCUUUGAUCAAAAUUUUCCAAAGAUUCUCAACUACAUUUAGGGUCAGGCUUUGACUAGACCAUUCUAAUGCAUAAAAACACUUUGAUUGAAACCAUUCUGGCUGCUGGAAGGUGUGAAGAUCUGUCCUAAUCUUAAUUUCUUUGCAACCUCGAAGACGUUUCCUUCCAAGAUGGCUUCCCGACAACUCCUACCAACUUCCCCGUCCGUCCCUGCUGAAGAGACACAUCCCCGCAGCAUUAUGCUGUCGCUACCAUGUUUCACAGAGUGGAUAAUGUUCAGAGUUGUGUGCAGUGUUGAUCCUUGCCGGCCGUAGUUUUCUGCAUGGCUUAUAGCAACUUCAAACUGGACUUCUUCUUCCUUUCCUGCCCUUCACAGCUCAGUGCUGCGUUGUUUUUACCUGUAACAUAAAAUUCCAGUAAAAUUCUACAUUUUUGUUGUAAUGUGACAAAACAUGUAAAGGUUCAGAGCACUGUAUCUCUUCAGUGUGCAAACACACAUUGACACAUCUGGUCGGGAGAAAACGAUAAUAAACACAAACGUAAAGCAGUUAGCCUCUUAGGUUU